CUUCUCCAUUAGAAGGCUAUAUAGGAAAUAGGUAUCUAGACGGAUAGACAACACUCCACACUUAGUCGAAAACUACGGCAACUUUGCAUCACACACAACCGAAAAAUGGAAGAUGAUGGUUCUAACUCCGUCCCGAACGUCGACCCGGACUACCAACGACUCCCCGCAUUCAUGAUGGUUUUCCACCAGGGGCGAUUCCAUGAUGACAUGCGACUUCCAGACAAAUUUGUCGGGAUUAACGGGCAUGACCUACCGUUCGACUGCAGGCUCGUUUGGCCGAAUGGAAUACGCUAUAGAGUGCGAAUUCUAAAGCUUGCCAAUGGGUUCUUCUUCUCAUCCGGAUGGAGAGAGUUUGUUCGUGCUACCGGCGUUGUACACGACGAUCAUCUCACCUUCACUUUGGUGGAUGUAGGAAUUUUCAAUGUUAAACGGUUUGAUAGCGAAACGCAUUUUCCCCUUUGUUGAAGACGACGAUGUGGAAGGUAGCCACGGCCCGGACAUCGAUACGUCCGAUGAUUACGUGCCAUCGGGGACUGAAUCUGAGACAACAAUGGAUGACGACUACGUGGACGAUAGAGGGGCACUAAACAUCGACGGCUUCCCUACAUUUGUAAUUACGCUCACCCCGACUAACAUCAAUCGCAGCCUUGAGAUCCCAUAUGGCUUUUGGCAACGCCAUAUCCCGAUGGGGGUAAUACAAGCGGGAGUGUAUCUGGUGAUCGAAGGGGGGAUGUGGCUAUGUACACUCAAACACAACUCGAGGAAGAUAUGGGCGAAGCAUGGGUGGGCUCGCUUCAAACACGAUCAUAAUCUAGUGGUAGGGGUGCGUUGCUAUUUCAAGCUCGUUGAUGCCUUUGUUGUCCAAUUUCAAGUGUGGUUUGAGCGUCCCUAACUUCGUUGGAAGUAAUUACGUUAUCUGUAUGUAUGCAGUUUUAGUAAGACGCUUAGUAUCAUAAUGUAGGUGAUAAUGAAGGUUGUGUACGCUCAUCAUGGCAAAUUUUCAAUAAACUUGCUUUGAUUGUGUGAUGAA